CCGCUGGGCCCGUGACACCCCGUCUGGAUGGAGCCAUGGCCCCCGCGUUCCUUCUCACGCUGCUGUGGUGGUUGCAGGUCACUUCAGGUUACUCUUCUGUGGAAAGCUUGUACACACCGGUGCGUCACCACGAAGGGGACACUCUGUCUGUGAAGUGCUCCUAUAAGCACCGCAAGAACCGCGUGGAGGACAAGGUGUGGUGCAAGGUCAGGAAGAGGAAGUGUGAGUCCCACUUUGUCCGGAACUGGGUGCAGGGGCCCUACUACUGGCUGCAGGAUGAUGACCGGGCCAAGGUGGUCACCGUCACCAUGGGGGACCUCAGACGCCAGGACUCUGGCCGGUACUGGUGCAUGCGGAACACCAGUGGGACUCUCUACCCUAUGACGGGCUUCAUGCUGCAAGUGUCUCCGGCCCUGACGACAGAGAGGGGCCUGUUCCCGACACGUCCGGCCGAUGUCCUGGACCGUGGCUUCGUCACAUUGGGCCAAGUGUCCACUUCCGGCCCCGAGGCCCCUUCCACCCCUGGACUCCUCCUCGCCCUGCCCCCCGCUGCCUCGGGGACGGCCAGGCCGACCUCUGUGACUGACCACAGUGCCACCCCCUCGGGGCCCCGCUGGACCACCGAGUCCCCCGGCGAUGCCAGAGCCUCCUCUGCCGGCCCAGCGUCCACGCCCACCAAGCCCAGUGGCUCCCCCGCCACGGGCACGUGCCGCAACCACUUACCCUCCCUCAGGCCACAGGAGCCUUACCUCACCGUGCUGGUGGUGGUCCUGACCCUGCUCCCGGCGCCCGUGAUGUUCGCCAUGGUCUAUCGGUUUUGGAGGAAGAGGCACAUGGGAAGCUACAGGAUGAGCAGCGAUCGCCCCAGACCCUGGAUGCAGCCGUGCCGAGCGCCAGAGCCCCUGUGGAAGCCUGUUUAGUUGAAGACCAUGUAGCCACGGGGUGGACGGCGCCUCUCCCGGGCCCAGAGGGUCAACAGAAGAGUGAAGAGCACGGCCGGCCUGAGCGGAGGGAACGCAGCUAGAGCUGCUCUCUCCCCCGGCCAGGGCCAGGGCUGCGGUGGCCUCCCAUUCCCUGACUCCCUUUGAACUUUCCAAUGCACUCAGGGUCAGGGGUCACGAGCCCCGGAGAAACCUGACAUCCCAUGGACGAAGG